AAAAAACUACUACCAAUCAGAAGUGUCCUGCCGACUACCAACCGGAAUCUUGCGCAUGUCAGAAGUAUGACUGUUAUGGAGCGAAACUCCAAAAUGGUGUUUGCUACACAAACAAGGGAAGGGCAAGUCUAACCUGCAGAUAUGGAAAGUUUCCCACGAUUUCUGUUACAGAAGUGCAUUCAAAACCAAAUGAAAACUUCGUAAGAUGGUCCAACGGGUUCUACGAUGUUGUCAUGCACCUACUGGUCUUCGAGAAGUAGACCAAAGAGAGGAAAUGGUAAAGUGUCAUUUUAUGGAAACGCUUGCCGCACUUACUGUGCGCAGUGUACGGCUCAUGCUACAUGUUUACACUUUUUUUGUGACUGCAAGAACGGAGGAACCUGUGACAUCCAAUCGGAUACCUGUAUUUGUCGUCCGGGUUAUACAGGUACAUUCUGUGAAGAAUACGACUACUGUGGCUACUGGGAGAGUGCACAUAAGAAAGCUGCAUGCAGCAAUGCCGGUAUUUGCCGCUCGGUUCAACUAGUACAGGUUAAGGCUACAGGAGGUGACAACGCCAGAGAUGUGUGCCAACUUCCGUUCACCUUUAAAGGUCAAACGUAUUCUAGAUGUGUCGCUAAUAACAAGAUCGGACCGCCAUAUUCUUGUGGUGGCUCUUUUGAUGGUAACGAUACCUACAUAGAUUUAGGCCAGUGGAGUCCAGGACCGAAAUAUACCAUAGCGGCUUGGGUGAAACCAACUUUGAUGGACCAUACAAACCGGCUAAUAGCUGGUGGAAUAUAUAACUGCUACCAUUUCGGAAUUGCCUACCAACACGGAAGAUUCCAAGCGUUUUACAGUCCGCCAGACGACUCGAACAUUUGCACCUUACCAAUGGCCUCUUCUGACACUCAGUACGCCGUACAUCAAUGGCAUUCGGUUGCAGUGGUCAACACUGGGACUGAAAUUAGUUUAAUUGCUAAUGGGAAAAAGGUUAAUUCUAAGAAGACACAGCCACACUUCUUGGCCAAUGCAAACGGAUUUUGGAUCGGAGGUGGUCCUUGCUGUCCUGGAACUAGCUUCAGUGGUAUGAUCAAGAACGUAAAAGUUUGGAACCAAGCUCUGUCAGAAAGCGAUAUUGCUGCUAAUUUUCUCAACAAUGACGUCAACGACUCACCGGAGCAAGUGGUAAAAAAAGGUUUGGUCGCUCACUACGAAUUAGGGGAUAUUCCGAAAACAACCUGCAGUGGAAUCGACCACAAUAAUAAUGAUUGGAUACCAGAACACCAGUCCCAAAUAUCAGGACGUCACUGCAACAUCAAAAGAUUUCUUAUUAAACCAUAUAUUAAAGUUUAUGUCCAUCACUGGAACGGAACUGCACAUGGACACUUAGAAGUUGAAGCACAGAAUAUAUACAUUUAUGGUGAACUGAACGCUAAUGGUGCUGGAUACUUCGGCGGCCGGACUUCGAAUAAGAAUGGAGAUAAUGGGAGACAAGGAGAUUCUUACAGCAACCAGCCUGGUGGAAUGUCAACAGACUCGAACGCCGGAGGAGGUGGAGGCGGUCUUGGUCAGGUCAACAACACAGCUGCCGGCCGACCCGGUGGUGGGGGUAGUCACGGGACAGCUGGACGGGACGGUUCAGCAAAGUUGACCAAGUCGGAAGGUUCUGGUAAAGCUGGCGAGACCAAUAAAUACAGUGGAAAGUUCAGUCUUCUGUAUAUGGGAUCAGGUGGCGGAAGUGGUGGAAAUCCACUCAGCAUGGAUCAUUCUCCUAGAGGUGGCGAUGGUGGCAGUGGUGGAGGUGCCAUAUCUCUGACAUCCGAAGACGAAGUUAUUGUAAAAGGAAAGCUUACAGCCCGAGGUGGCGACGGAAUUGGAGAUCCUGUCCGCGGAUCUUGCUUCAUGUGUCCAUCAACUUGUAAAUCGACGUCGGUAUCUUGUGAUGCUUAUAAUCCUAAUGGCUGUUAUGAUAAAUCGGGCCCAGGAGGAGGCGGAAGUGGCGGAAGUAUACAUAUUUCCGGUACAUAUGUGGAUAUCGGUACAGACAAGUUAAAUACGGAUGGUGGACUCGGUGGUCAAGGAGCUCUGAUGUGCGGUGGAAAAGGCGGUGUUGGCCGAAUACUUAUUGAAAGUUCUCACUUAUAUGGUUCUGUGAACAAAUACUACGGGAUAGUCGACACUUUACAGAAGAAGGAUACAUUCAAAGAUUUCAGUAGCAUUGGCCGGACAGUGACAGGUGGUCAGAAGAAGACCAAUGAAAAUGCCGUUUAUCUCGGUUGUUUCAAAGACUCAGAGGAGAGCCUUUUGCAACUGAAACAAGACAUGCCGGAAUCAGAUGUCAGCCCUGAAAACUGCCAUGCUCUCUGCAGCAAAAAGAAUUUAAAAUUCUCUGGUACAAAAGGUGGUAAGGAAUGUUUCUGCGAUAACAACCUGGAUCCUUCGAACCGCGUAGAUGAAAGCGAAUGUACAUCAAAGUGCUCCGGAAGUGCUAUGCAAAGCUGCGGAGGACCUGAUACUCUCUUGGUGUUCGGUCUGAGACGGCAGUUAUAUGGUAUCGGUCACUCUGGCAUCGCAAGCGAAUGUAAAGGAUGGUGUGUGACAGCCGGGAGCGAAACGAAGGACCCCAAGUGGGGAGAAUGCACAGAUGAGGAAAAAACCCUGUCGGUGAGCCUGACGUGUCAAUGUCCAGCUGGGAAGUAUGGCAUUGGAUGUGACAAGGAUUGUCUUUCAUCUACAUGGGGCAUUGACUGCCUGAACAACUGUACUUGUAGAAACAAUGUGACAUGUAAUGCCCUUAGUGGAGAAUGUAAGUGUCCAAAGGGAUGGAAAGGAUUUUCCUGUGAUAUCAGAAGUGAUGACUACUGUGUAAAAUCAAAGCAUUAUGGCCCUUCAUGCAAACCAUGUGACUGUUCAGGCAACGACUGUGAUCCUGUCACAGGAGUUUGCAAUUGUGCUUCUGGACAGGGUAGUAAAUGUGAAAAAGCAAGUAAGAAAUACGUUUACAUUUUAAUAGGAUUGAGUGGUGGCGCUAUCGCUGGUAUAGUCAUUGGAGUUCUUAUACUAAUAUCUCUGGUACCCGCUGGUGUGGUUCUUCUGAAUAAAAGCCAAUUUAAUUUCCGCAUUGGACCAAUCAAAUAUGAGACUCAAGAGAAUGAGGUGAAUAUUCCAACAGGCUUUGGCGAUGAUUUCCUUGAGAAUGUUGUGAACGAGGUGAACGCGGCGGCUUCUACCCAGUCCAGUGAAGAAAAGAGCGGCGAACUGUGAUAGGGCAGAGUUUAUAAACACCACACAUCUUCCACCGCUCCAUUCCGAAAAUCUAGAAAGUGCUGGAAAUCUGAGGGGUAAAGAGCUGGAAAUAUUGCGGGGUGGAAACUAAAAAAAAAAUAAAGAAAUAUCUAGCAAAAACUGGAAAUCUGGAGAGAGCGAGAAUGAAAGAAAAAAAAAUUAAAAAUCUGGUAAAAAAAAGUAUUGGCAAAGAACAU